AUAGAAUUUAGUAAUAAUUUACAUUCAUAAACAUGUCAUGGGAAACCUUCUUCUGGGGUUCAGAUGCAGAAGCGAUCUACAGAAAUUUUCAUAGACAUAGGCUUUCAUUCAACUUUGUCCAAGUUAUGAGAGAUAUUAUGUCUUUAGUUCUCUUUGCGUUGAUAGGAAUAGCAUGGUAUUUUCUUGGGCAAUAUACCCUCCUAUUCUUGACCAAUUGGGGGAUUCAUUUAGCUUACAUUUCUCUUCAUUUGAAUUCGAUGGCUACUCAAGAUCAACAAAAUCAUCCAGGCAAAGUAAAAGGUUUUUUAAAAUGGAGAUGGAGACUUGCUGUUAUUAUUUUUCAAGUUGCUUUGAAUUUGGAAAUCCUUCUUACAAUCUUAUUCUGGGGAUUACUUUGGAAGACUCCUGAAGAAUAUACAUAUGGCCAUUUUAUUGCUAUCCUGGCUCAUUCUUUGCCAGCUGGCUUUCUACUAAUUGAUUUUCUAUUACAAAAAUGGGUAUUCAGAUUUAAUCAUAUAUGGUUCAUAUUCUUGACUGCAUUAAUCUAUGGUAUCGUCAACUUUAUGUUUGUAAAAUAUACAGGAGUCUAUGUCUAUCCAAUUCUGAAAUGGAAUGAUAUAGUUUCUAUUAUUCUUUCUUUCCUUGCUCUCGUGAUGAUUGCAGCAAUUCAAGGUUCCCUCUACAUAAUUAGUCUUCUCAACAAAAGAAGGAGCAAUAAGAUUCCAUUGUACGUUCCUAUUCAACUGAUUCAGACUAGAUAAGUAUUUUAUAAAGUUUCAAUUC